AUGGCUAGAGGGGAGGAGGAAGACUCAACAUGCGCAGAACGUGAGCAUGCGAUGAACAUCGUUGCAGCCAGCAGCUCGGGAGAAGGUAGAUCAGCAGCAGCAGCAGCAGCAGGAGGAGGAGGAGGAGGAGGAGGAGGAGCAGGACGGGCUUCGUCGACGUCGAGGCAGAGGAGGAAGAAGAGGAAGAGGACGACGAGAUGGACGAGAAAGCAAGAAGUUCGACGUGGGACGAAGCAAAAGGCAAAAGGCAAAAAAAGGGCAAGCGCCGCUUAG